AUGAAAAUAGUUUCGACCAAAAAAGGCCUGAAAAUUAGAAGUGGAAUUUUAAGAGAACAAUACAUAUGGAGUAAAGAUCCUGUUGUGAGAAAAAGAGAAGAAAACCAAUUUCCUAUGCCAGUUUCACAUUCAGAACACCAGAGUAUAUUUUCAUAUAAUCUUAAUUUAUCUCCUGAUACAUCAAUUACAGGGAGAAGUGCAUUCAUGAUUGAUGAAGAUCCUUAUGAAGUAAAUAGACCGUUCGUUGGGAAAAAAAUUCCAACGCCGUUUAGAUCCCUUAGUAAAGAUAUUGAUAUAAAAGGCAACCUAAUGCACCCUGAUAAUGAAAUAAUCCCUAUUAAAGCAAGAGCUGAAGAUAUUGCAAUUUCAUGUAUGCCUUGUAAAUCAAGCAAAGAAUUGCAGUUAAUUCGAUUACAUAAUAAGCGUAAAUUAGAACAGGAAAAUAUAUACUGUUCUCACAACCUUAAAACAUUAAUUUGAAAUAGCUAUAGCUUAAUUUUUUAUAUAAAAAUAAAUCAUGAUGUUUUCAAUCUUUUAAGAUAAAAUACACAAAAAAUUAAGAGAAAAAGUAAACCAAGAAAUUCCAACGAAAAAAUUUUUGGAGGAUGUAACAACGUUAUUGGAAAAAUGCAGAUCAGAAAAUACGAUAUUUGAGGUAGUUGGAAAUGAUGAUAGAUUAAAAAAUAUUGCAAAAUGGCACUUAAAAGAAUAUAAAAAAGGCUGAGAUAUGAAAAAAACGUUUUUAAGCAGAAAUGGUCAUAGUAUUAUACAAAAUUAA